AUGUUGAGCAAAUAUGCCGGUGAUGUCUAUUUCGAGCUGAACACGCUGGUGGAGGACGGCACUUCGCUGUUCCAGGACAACAGCUACCACGGCAACGCCCUGAACAAUAAGAAAACGUCGCCUAUUUGCGCCGGUGAUCGCCUGGAAAAAAGACGCCUUCAGCAUCGCAGCGGCAAUGGAAAGCAACGUGUCCAAGCGCAACGGCUACGGCAUGACGAUGAGCUGGAACAACAGCGCCGCCGAUCGGACAACGGCGUGGUGGCCAACCUGAGCACCGCCUAUCUGGAUGCGUCAGGCGAGCAAGACUUCACCGCCGGCGUGAACGUGCUGUGGCGGCGCUUCGAACUGGGUUAUAUCUAUGCCCAUAACAAUAUCAAAGAGUUCAAUACCGCCGGGAUCGCCGCCGAUAUCCACAACCCGCUCAGCGAACCGGGCAACUACGACAUCCACACCGUUCAUGCGUCGUAUCAGAUACCUAACAUUAUGAAUAUGAAGAAUUUCAAUUUGUUGGGGGCCUAUGUCUCGCUGCUGGAAGCCAACGCCGACAACAAGAUAGCCAACGGCGACAACGACCAACGUUACGGCAUGCGCGCCAGAUUCAAGUAUUUCUUCUGA